UGUAUGAGAGUACAAAAAACGCAAAACGUGCUGUAUAUGUCGCAUUUGUUGAAGUUUCUGGUUCGUGUGAGUAUCGCACAGUAAAGUAAAUCAUUCUGAUAUCUCGUUUCUUAGUAAGAGCAUCGUGUCAGUGUAGUAUUUAAAAUCGCAAAAUGGCAUCAGACAACUGCAUAAUUUGAUUGAGAAAGAAUAAGUGCAGUCACGCGUACAAUUUGUGAGCAAAUAGUAGUGAAAAAAUUGUCACUUUUACGCACCUAAUUCUCCAUUUUACGCACAUUUGUGUCCUCCUUUGUUACUCACCUCUCUUAUAAAAGACACAAUUUCAAGGAAUCCCAUUUGUGACGGAGUAAUGAAUGCUAAUUGAAGAAAUCGCUCAAGCAGUGGGUCAAUGAAUCUUUUGCCAAUGCAUACAAUCUUUUGCAAAAGUUCAUAGUUCUUGGUUGAUAAUUCUUUUUCUGAAUGUGCUACAAAGUAUUUCGAGAAAAACAAAGAAAACAUCUUGCAUACUCCAGUGAGGUCCUUUAGCGUAAAGAAAGGAACACUCAAGAAAAAAUAUAUUAUUCAAUUUCUGCAUUCAAUUCAAAUCUAAUAAACACCGUCCAUCUUAAAGUGUCAAUAUAACCCACACAAAAUCAUUUUAAAAGUUUUAUAAUCUCUACGAAUAGUGCAAAAACAGGAAGAAAAAAUGCAUCGUUGGUGGUAUAUGGAGGAUAGUAACAAGAGCAAGGAGAAUGAUGUGGCAACAUUCAGUGCCCCACGUUCCCGGCCAAUUGUGCAACGUCAAUUGGAUGACCGGAAGUGGACCUAUAAGGUUCACAUCCCCAUACCGCUUAAUAAUAACGAAGUUGUGGCUAUAACAGGGGACUGCGAGCAGCUCGGCAAUUGGAAACCAAAUGAUGUCUUUUUAAUGGAAAGGGUAGAAGACAGUGAUAUUUGGGUUGCGGUAGUUGACAUUCCAUCACAACGUGUUAUCAACUAUCGUUACUUAAUUUGUGCCAUUGAUCCAACAACUCAGAGUGUCCAUGUGCGGCAAUGGGAAACGCACCUUAACCCAAGAAGUAUCCCUGUGAUCGCCAAUACACUGGAAUCCUUUGAUACAUUUGGAGAUUACGAAGGAGUACAGAAGAUAGAUAGAGGAUGGCUCACAUCGGAAACCAUUUUUCAGUUUUCUUUCUACAAUAAUCCAUUCAUGCUCACGGGAAAGGCACAAAAUAAAUUGAUAUACGUAAAGUUGACACCAAUGAAUUUGCGUGUAAGCUCUGAAGCCCAAGAUAUCGCUGCCCUUCUUGAAGAGUCGCUGUCGAAUGAUACCCGUGAAAAUGGCACAGAACAGCCAGCUUACGCUUUCACGGAAUGUGUAUCGCUGUGUAGCGAUGAGGCCAAACUUGAGCCAGUUUCGCAAUUUGGCCGAGCCUAUCAUCCGGAUGAUAUUUUAAUUUUUCACAUUACUGUUACCGAACCGGAAAAUGUGGCCUAUUUAAUCGAUCUGUAUACAUAUAGUUCUAGGACAUGCCAGGGCGAGCCACCACGACAUGUUGGCUAUCACUAUAUAUUGCCCAAUUUAUUGAAAAAAUCCGAAGGGCAAUUGGAAUUGUCGGUGACAUGCGCCUCUAAACAUCGCCCUCUUGGAAUGAUGAGAAUUGAAUAUGUAAAGAUUUCACCGCUUAAUCCACAAAAGCUAAAUCUUAAGACAUCAUACAUUAGACACUGGAAUCCCAAAUGGAAAGGCCUUGAGAUCGGACACCGUGGCUCUGGGACGAGCUUUAAGUCAAAAGAUGGAAAUCUCAUAAGGGAAAACACCAUUGCUUCACUAAAGAAAGCCGUCACACAUGGAGCAGACAUGGUGGAAUUUGAUGUACAACUGAGCAAAGAUCUCGUGCCAGUAAUCUAUCAUGAUUUUUCUGUGUACGUAUGCCUCAAGAGGAAGAAACAAAUUGAUACCAAUGACAUGCUGGAAUUACCAAUGGCAGAGCUUACACUGGAGCAAUUGAAUAAUUUGAAGGUGUACCAUGUUGAGGAAGGAAAAUCCCGUGAACCGCGUUUCUUUGAUGAAGAUUUAGAUGAGCACCAACCUUUCCCAACAUUGGCAAAAGCUCUGGAAACAAUUGAUCCCCAUGUUGGUUUCAAUGUUGAAGUGAAAUGGUCAAUGCGCUACUCCGAUGGUACAUGGGAUAUCAAUGUUAGAACAGAUAAAAAUCUCUAUGUAGACAGCAUUCUCAGUGUAGUGCUCAAUCAUGCUGGCAAUCGACGAAUUGUCUUCUCAUGCUUUGAUCCCGACAUUUGUACAAUGUUGCGUUUCAAGCAAAAUUUAUAUCCUGUGAUGUUUCUCACAUGCGGUGAUACAGCCAGAUAUCCAAAAUACUAUGAUCCACGUUGCAAUUCACACGGGACAGCCAUUAAGAGUGCAUGUGCCAUGGAGCUUCUCGGUAUUGUGGGAAAUUCUGAAGAUUUGCUAAAGAAUCAAGAAUCGAUUCAACAAACCAUUGACAACGGGUUAAUCAUUUUCUGCUGGGGAGAGGAAAAUAAUUGUUCAAAUACAAUUCGACAUCUCAAGAACUUAGGAUUACACGCCAUUAUCUAUGACAAAAUGGACGUAUUUUCAACCAAAGAACGAAAGGAAAAUAUCUUUCUGCUGGAAGCUAGAGAGUCUCAGAAAGAGAUACUGCAGAAUCUGCAUGAGGAGAAAAAGAAAGACAUUUUGGACAAAUUAGCUGCUGCUGUUGAAUAAAAGAUCUCGUACCUAUAAUUUUUCCGACAAGCUUUCUUUUUUCAAAGACAUACUUUUUUUCAUAUACAGUUUAAAAAUGUUCUCUUUCAUAUAUAUUAAAUUUUUUUAAAGAGAAAUUAAACAAAAUUCGCACUGUUAGUUGCUAUGUAUUUAUAUCGAAAAUGGGGAAAUCAGCAUUCGAAAUUUUUUAUGUGAGUUGUGAAACAGAGAGGUUGCGUUGGAUUUAAUAUUUCCCAAAUAAAAUAAGAAUUUUUUCAUUUUAAAACUCAGGGUCCCCAUCUACCCCUAAAAUCUUUGAAAUAUAAAAAUUACUUUAAUUUUCAUGCGAUACUUUAUAAAAUUUCUUAUAAUAUUUUUGUAUUUCUAAGUAUAAGCAUAACUCUAAAAAAACAUUGAGAUUUUAAGAGAAUUAUAUUCAAUUUAAUUCUAUAAAAUGAAUAUUUCUUAUAAAUGUUUUUGUCUAAAUUUUAAUAAUUUUGGGAGGAAAUUACCAAAAUAAAAUAGUGGAAAAUGACUAUUGGUGAUCUAUAUAACACUUUGGGAGAAAAUGAUCAUGUAAUGUGCAUAGAAUUUAUGGUUUUAGAAGAAACAAAACGUGUCACCAUAAAAAUUCUACAUUUUACACUGAAAGAUUGUUUCUAAACCCUAUAAUUAACUAUUAACAUUUUUUUUCUUUUAAAUAUAAUCCUUAUAUGUAGUUAUUAUAUAUUUUUUUAAAUUAAUAUACCAAAUAUGUAUAGAGAGGCCAAUAUAACAUGGUCAAUUUUGAAUUUAAAAAAUCCAUUAGAAAGUUUUAUGUUAAUCUGACCACCCUGUACAAUAAUGUGAAUUAUUCUUGCCUACUAUCAGAACAGCUAUCAAAUGAAUAUUAAUAUUAGUACAAUUUUUCUCAUACAUACUUUUUAUAAUAAAAUAAAAAAGAAAAGAUAUACCUAAAUUGAAUUAUUUAUUAAUAGGUAGCAUUUAGUUAUGAAAAUACUGUUGCACUCUUUCAAUUCUAAAUUUCAAUACUUUUCUAUCAAAUAUUUCUGUUCAAUUUAUUUUGAUCUGAUCAUACAGUUCGUAUUUUCCCUUAUAGAUAAUUAUAGGUAAAUAUAUUCGUGAAAUAAUUUUUAACUCUUUAACUUAAUACAUACAAUUACCUACUAUAUAGCAUAAUUCUUUUGUGGGUUUUGGAGUAAUAACAAUCACACCAUGUAGGCGAUAUUAUUGUAGAAUAAUGUUUAUUCCACCUAAUUUGUAUUAUUGCAUGUUAAAAAAAAUAGAUUAAAAUAAAAUUUACAAUUUAAGAAGAGAAAAUUAUAAUAAAGUUAAAUUAAUUGAUCUGUAUUAAAAAAAAUACAUUGCGAAAAUAUAAAAAUUAUCGUACAAA